AUUUAUAAUUAGAACUCGCAAAUUUAUUUCAAAAUGGCCACAUCCCGUUUGAGCAUCGUCUUCAUUGCCACAAUUUUUGUUCUCGCGACCUCAAUCUCUGCGAAGGAUUACAUCGUCGGAGAUGAAAAUGGUUGGAAACUCGACUUUGAUUAUCAAAAUUGGGCCAAGGAUAAAGUUUUCUACGUCGGAGAUACCCUUGUUUUCAACUAUGCGGCCGGUGCACACAACGUUGCGAAAGUCAACGGCACCGGUUUCCAACAAUGUAGCACUUCAGCUUCCAAUGGAAUCAUGACAAGUGGACGGGAUGUUGUCCCCCUACAAACCCCUGGAAGGAAAUGGUACAUUUGUGGUGUCGGAAAGCACUGCGAGUCGAGAAACAUGAAGCUUGUCAUCACCGUUCUACCUCAAACAUGGGCUCCUGCUCCAAGCCCAAUAGCGACAUCCACAUCAGCUGGCAAGUUGGCGGUACCAACUAUCUAUGGAUUUGUAGUUGGAUUAUUCGGCAGUCUUUUGUUGCUCUUGGUUUAAAACAUUAAUGUUUUAUGUUUUUCAACAUUGGUUAUUUGUUGAGAUGUAUGUUUAUUCAAGUAUGUUGUAUCCGUUGGAAGAUGAUUGAUAUACCUAAUAUGACUUCUUUCUUAAUUGAUUA